AUGAACGACCGGAUAUGUCUUCCAUCCUCCGCACCAGCUGACAUCUCUGUGCCCUCUUCAUGCAUUGUCAUGGUCCUGACCCCGAAUCUUGGAAGGGAUUCACUUUGCGAGAUCACGAAUGCCCAUGCAAGCGACGCAUCGGGAGCCCACAGCAGCACAACUUCCAUGCCGCCCUCGUUAGUCACUUUGACCUCACUUUCGUAUCAAGACGUUCAUCGCCAUCGUGGCAUUCGAGCAUGCACAUGCGUCGAAUGUGAAUGGACGCGCUUUUCUCCCGAAUUAGUGGGCUUCAACAACACCACACAACAAUCUGCCGACAUGAUCAGGGGUGAGCGGAUAGAGCUGGAUCUGGGUUCGGACAGCGAAAAUGAUGCAUCAAAUCUGAGUGCGCCUCUUCCGGGUGCCUUCGUGAAUGAUGUGCUCGAGCGCAAGCCGAAAGCUCCCAAGCCUCCGUCUGCGCCGGUGGUGAAAACGAAAACGGGAUUUCCAGAGCACAAAAAGCGGCCGAUAGUGAGCAGAUUCAAGCAGCAGAAGUCUGAGAGCCUUCAACAUGAUCUCAAUUGGGGUAGCUCGAGAUCAGCUCCAUCUACACAAGCUCCGGUGAAGCCCAGCACUGUACCUUCUCACGACCAUGCUAGUGGCCACGCCAAAACCUGGGAAGAAGAGGAGAAAGAGCGGAUAGAUCAAGAAAAUCGCCAAAAGCUCGCCUCCAUGUCUGCAGAAGAGAUCGAGGAAGAGCGCCGAGAACUAAUGAACAGCCUCAGCCCAGCGUUCCUACAGCGACUCUUCGCGAAAUCUGAUGUCGGAAGUGGGAGUAACGAAGUAGACCUUUCGUCUCAUGUCCCUGCUCAAGAACCUGCAAUCGCAGAUGCAACGCAGCCCAAGCCCAAGACCAACAAAUCUGUGAAGUUCGAAGAGCAACCCAAGCUAGGAGACCCAGAUGAGGAUGAAGAAGAACGCCUCGCGACAGCGACAAAGGACGAUUCUGAGGCACCAGCAGUCGACGAGCUACCGCACGACACAGUUCACUUCCCCCGCGCACCACAGCCUCCAGAGCUGGACCCCUCAUCAGACAGCUUCCUCGAGGAUCUGCACCAGAAAUACUUUCCUUCCCUACCUUCAGACCCAGACAAGCUAGAAUGGAUGCAAACAUCAAAAUCCAAAAAUACAUACGACCCUUCAUCCUCAGCUCUCAACGCCAGCGAUAUUCGCUUCUCUUUCAAAGGCGAGAUCAUUCCGCCUUCAAAAGCAUCAGUACUACCAGUCACGCUCGGCCUGCAUCACCAUGGCGACGCACCCGAUGCAGCAGGCUACACUGUCGCUGAACUAGCACAUUUGUCACGAUCGAGCUAUCCUGCGCAGCGAUGUAUAGCUUUCCAGACUUUGGGACGUGUGCUGUAUAGAUUGAGCAAAGGCGAAUUUGGAGAUCCAGGAGAACCAGAGCAGUUGCUGAAUGAGGGUGUGGUGGAAGGGCCGGAGGAUACGUUUGGUGAGCUGGCGAGAGGAUUGUGGAGGGAAGUGGAGAGACUGCAAGUGAUCCAGACUCUUGUCGAUGAGAGCGAGGGCAAAGGUGUGGAUGGAGGAAAGCAUGUCAGUGCCAAAGCAUAUGCGACUGAGGCUGUAUGGUUGUGGAGGAAGGGAGCCGUAAAGAAGGGACAUCAUACUUCUCAUAUCAGCGCAGCUGGCUACACUGCUGAUACCGCAUAACCAAUGCAGAAUGGAAUGCAUCCUCACAACGCCGCCUUCCCAGCAACCAACCCCCAACUCCCAUCCCGAAACUUCACAACCUUCCCCUCCCCCUCCAACUUAGCAAGAACCUGCUUAACCCCACCCUCCGCCGGCCCCCAAAGAUUCUCCGGAUACUUCCUAUAAAUCACCUUCACCAACUCCAUACUCGUCCAACCCUCCGUCUCCCCGGGUUUCUCCCCCUUCAGCGUCUCCAGCACCUCCUCCUCCCUCAUUCUCCGAUGCUCGAGAUACUCCCUCACCUUCCCAGGCCCAUCCUCAACAACAUCUCCAUGCGCCGGAUACGCCCUCCCCUUGAACGCCCUCUCCAUAACCCUCAACGACUCAACAUACAUCCCAAGAUCCUCAAAAACCGCCGUCCCAUGCCCCAAAACAUUAUCCCCCGUAAACAUCGCAUCCUCCUCUUCCAGAAAAAAAGCCAUAUGAUCAACCGUAUGUCCCGGAGAAUGCAACGCGUGAAUCCUCGCCCCUUCAACUUCAAAAACCUCUCCAUUUUGAAAAUCCACUUCGUCUUUCCGUCCGGGUUUCCUUUGAUUUUUGUAAAUCUUCACAUUCCCAUUCCCGCUACCGCCGCCGCCACCGCUACAAAUUUCCUUCACGUCUUCCACUCCACCAACGUGAUCCGGAUGCCAAUGCGUAAGAAUCACCUUCUCGAUACUAGCAUUUUCCUCUUUCAAGACUUUCUGUAAAGAGGUUUUCCAGAUGUUUUUGCCCUCGGCUGUGUCGAGGAGUAGACGUUUGGGUCCGGUGCCGAGGAGGUAUGUGUUUGUGCCUUGGAGGGUGAAUUUGCUGGGAUUGC